AUGGGUAGGUCAUUCUAUGAAAAAGAGCAAGAAAAGAUUCGUAACUUAAUCAAACUUCCAUUAUUAGAGUUAGUAUUAAAAUUCUUACCCCAUCUUCAAUUAACCCAAAAAGAAACCGAUGAUACUUGGGAAAUCGUGGCAAUUCAACUCUCACAAAUACAAUUCUCCGAGGCCAUAAAUGAUAAAAAGACGACCGAAGAAAUCGAUGCCAUCCCUGAAUUAAAUGGGAUAUAUGUUAGACAAUACUUCGAAUCAAUGUAUGAAGAAUUUACAAAGAAUAUUCAGAGGGGAAUUAUGGAAUGGAACCAGGUUGAAGCAUUAACUGGAAAUAGGGGGGUUCCAUUUUGGUAUAACCCGAGUAGCAGGGCUGAUGCUAUUCUUUAUCAGUUAUAUCAAUUGCGGGGACGAGACAUUGAGAUUAUGGGGAUUAUCAGUCUGGAAAAUCUUGAAAAUAAGAUACGUAGACAAUUGAAAAAGGAAUUGAAAGUGGGACCGUAUGGACUAAAUGGACAAGGAGAGGAAGUACAAAACGAGAAGGAAAAUGCAGAUGAUAUCGAGGAAGAUGAUAAAUUAUUAGAAUCAACAGAUCUUUUACAAGAGUAUAAGCGAAGUCUGGAGAAGCAAAGAAAUGAGAUUCUUCGUCAGGAGCUUAUAAGAAAGGAUAAAAGAAUAGAACAAUUGACUCAAGAGAAUAAAAGACUUUUAGAAUUGAAUCAUGAUCUUUUGCGAUUACAAUGA